UCCAACCUGAUAAACUGUCUAGUGUCGCUGCGCUAGCAAACCCAUCGGUUCCCGGGUUCUUGUCAUGUUUUGAGAGCGACAGCGGGGCUUUUUCUCCACGGAAUACAAGGAAACACCACCGCACACUGCUGUCAAUGAAGCCAACGUCUGGAGGAGGCUAAAAUUUCCUGCGGGAACAGACCAGGAGGACCAACAACAGUUCAAAGUAUUUGCUCGAUGCCCCCCUCCAGUCGGCAAGAAUAGCCUUCCAGUUCCCACAUCCAUGUUGACUGCGGCAGCCUUCGCACUGGGUCCAGGGCUACGACGCCACAACCCCUUUGUUCUUCUGGGCCAAAGAUCCGGCUAAAUUGUACCGGUUUUGUGGAAAGCGCCGUCGCAUGUUGCAAUAUACAUCCCGGUGUCGGUGUAACGGAUUGUUUACGCGUUAAAAUGGCUGCUAAAAUGGCAUUUGGUAAUAGAGAGUAGAGGGCUCGAUCCAACGCAGUAACGUUACGUUACCCAGCUGAGGCCAACAACUGUAAAUAAGCUACGUAUGCUAACACAUUAUGUACCAGCUAGUCACAGUAUUCAACGAGUUAGCCGCUUAAUUGGCUCAAAUAGAUGCUCGGCUCUUUUUUGGGUAGGUUCUUCCCAGAAGAGGAAGAGGGGAUUCCUCCCACUCCAAGUCUAUGCAUGCGGUUAAACAAGCAGCCUCUAAAGAAAACCUCGAACGUUACGUUUUUGCAGCCGGGCUUAGCUUAGCCGUAAUGCCAAUAUGCAUAAUAAUCAGCGAAUAUGCAGGACUUCUUUGUUGUAAGUGAAGCAGCCUGAGUAGCCGAGGCUCUCUCCCCCGGAGCAGACGUGAAGGCCCCGGGUCUUUUACUCGGCUUGGUAAACAUGCAUCCCGGGGGGAAAUGUAAGACGGAACUCUUUAUGUUAGGACCCAAACCAGCUCCCCACAGCGAUCUGCGGGGCCUCAACAGAUACCUGGUGGUCUAUGUUUUGUUUUACUUUGUGCUGGUCACUCACGCGUCCCCGGCGAAACCGUGCGACAAGAAUUGUGUCUCUGGGAAAUGUGUCAACGGAUCGUGCAUCUGUGACCGAGGAUGGGUCGGAGACCAGUGCCAGCACUGCCAAGGGAGGUUCAAGUUGACGGAGCCCUCGGGAUACCUCACCGACGGUCCAAUCAACUACAAGUACAAAACAAAGUGCACCUGGCUCAUUGAGGGCUAUCCGAAUGCUGUUCUCCGGUUAAGAUUUAACCACUUUGCCACAGAAUGUAGUUGGGACCACAUGUACAUCUAUGACGGGGAUUCGAUAUAUGCCCCCCUGGUUGCUGUUUUCAGCGGUCUUAUCGUGCCGGAGAUCAGAGGAAAUGAGACGGUUCCUGAGGUUGAGACGACUUCAGGCUACGCACUACUACACUUUUUCAGCGAUGCCGCCUACAACCUAACAGGCUUUGAAAUAUUUUACUCGAUCAACUCUUGCCCCAAUAACUGCUCCGGCCACGGGAAGUGCACCCCCGGUAACUCGGCCGCCAGCAGAGUGUACUGUGAAUGUGACAAGUACUGGAAAGGCGAGGCCUGCGACAUCCCUUACUGCAGGAACAACUGCGGCAGCCCCGACCAUGGCUACUGCGACCUCACCGGGGAGAAGUUGUGCGUCUGCAACGACAGCUGGCAAGGCCCAGACUGCUCGCUAACCGUACCUUCAACCGAGUCCUUCUGGGUGCUACCGAGCGUCAAGCCCUUUGGCACGUCGCUCGCCAGAGCUUCCCAGAAGGCCGUGGUGCAAGAUAAGGUCAUGUGGGUGGUGGGUGGAUACACCUUCAACUACAGCUCCUUCCAGAUGAUUCUCAACUACAACCUGGAGAGUGGCAUCUGGAACACAGUUCCCAUCAACAGUGGCCCUGUGCCAAGAUACGGCCACUCACUUGCUGCCUACCAGGACGACAUCUAUAUGUUUGGUGGGAAACUGGAGGCGGGCUGGGGUAACGUGACGGACGAGCUGUGGGCGUUCAACGUGCCCAGUCGGACGUGGCAGCGGAGAAAUCCCGUGGUUGGCCCACCGGCCCAGGCUCAGAUCUAUGCUGUGGAGGGUCACUCGGCCCACUGCGUUCCACUAGAGGAGGGCGAGGCCAUUAUGCUGGUCAUCUUUGGCUACUCCCCGGUCUACAACUAUGUCAGCAACGUCCAGGAGUACAACCUGCGGUCCAACACGUGGCUGGUGCCUGAGACUAAAGGCGCCGUUCCUCAGGGAGGUUACGGCCACAGCAGCACAUAUGACGGCGGCAGUGGUAGUGUGUACGUCCACGGAGGCUAUAAGGCGGUGCCUGCCAACAAAUACGGCCUUGUUGAUGACCUCUACCGCUACGACGUUAACACCCGGACAUGGUUCAUUCUGAGAGAGAGCGGCUUUCCGCGCUACUUGCACUCGUCCGUGCUCCUCAGCGGCACCCUGCUCGUCUUUGGCGGCAACACGCACAACGACACGUCACUCAGCAACGGCGCCAAGUGUUUCUCCGCUGACUUCUUUGCCUACGACAUUGCUUGUGAUGAGUGGAGGCUCUUGCCCAAACCAGACCUGCACAGGGAUGUCAACCGCUUUGGUCACUCUGCUGUGGUCAGCAAUGGGUCCAUGUAUUUGUUUGGGGGCUUCUCCGGCGUGCUGCUCAACGACGUGCUUGUUUACCGACCCCCCAGCUGCCAGGCCUUCUUGGCAGAGGAGGGGUGUGUGAAGGCUGGGCCAGGGGUCCGCUGCAUCUGGAGCAGAGGCCACUGUCUCCCCUGGGAACCCAGCAUGGCUAAUGGGAGCCUUACUCCUGCCCCAUUCUGCCCCCCUAAAGCUGUCACAGUGGACGAGCUGUGCUACCGGUUCUCAGACUGCUCCAGCUGUACGGCCAACACCAACGGGUGCCAGUGGUGCGAUGACAAGAAGUGCCUCUCCGCCUCCAGCAAUUGCACCUCAAACGUGAAGAACUUCGCCGAGUGUCCGGUGCGGAACGAGCAGGUGUGCAGCAAGCUCGCCAACUGCAAGAGCUGCUCGCUGAAUCUCAACUGUCAGUGGGACCAGAAUCAGUCGGAGUGCCACGCUUUGCCAGCCCAGCAGUGCAGUGAGGGAUGGAGCCAGGUGGGGGAAGCCUGCCUGAGGAUCAACUCCAGCCGCGAGAGUUAUGACAACGCCCAGCACUACUGCAAAAACCUCAACGGAAACAUCGCCUCACUCACCACCUCCAAACAAGUGGACUUUGUGCUCGAGGAACUGGAGAAGCUCCAGCAACUAGACAAGCGGCUGUCUCCCUGGGUGGGCCUGAGGAAAAUCAACGUGUCGUACUGGGGCUGGGAGGACAUGUCUCCCUUCACCAACAGCAGCUUGCGCUGGCUGCCUGGCGAGCCCAGUGACUCUGGGUUCUGUGCCUACCUGGAGGAGCCUCAGGUGUCCGGCCUCAGAGCCAAUCCAUGCACUGCCACUGCCCACGGCCUCAUCUGUGAAAAAGCUACCGGAAACCCCAAUCAGAGUACCCGUCCAGCCUGUAAGAAGCCUUGCUCGCUGCACACCAAUUGUGCCAACUGUACCAGCCAGGCCAUGGAGUGCAUGUGGUGCGGCAGUACGCAGCGCUGCGUCGACUCCACCGCCUACGUCAUCUCUUUUCCCUAUGGCCAGUGUCUGGAGUGGCAGACUGGAGACUGUGUGGCCCAGAACUGUUCAGGCCUGCGGACAUGUUCCCAAUGCUUGCAGCAGCCCGAGUGCGGCUGGUGCGGCGAUCCCAGCAGCACAGGGAAGGGCCUCUGCACGGAGGGGUCCUACCGAGGGCCGAUGAAGAGGCCGGCGAAGCAGGGCCAGCCGAUCCAGUCCGGGGACAUGAUCCUGGAGCCGGGCAUCUGCCCCAAAGACAAGGGCUACGAGUGGGCCUUCAUCCACUGCCCCGCGUGCCAGUGUAACGGCCACAGCACCUGUGUGAACGGCAGCGUGUGCGAACAUUGCCGGAACCUCACCACUGGUCCUCACUGCCAGACCUGCAUGCCCGGUUAUCACGGAGACCCGACCAAUGGCGGCAAAUGCCAGGCCUGUAAGUGUAAUGGUCACGCAAGUGUGUGCCAGGUGUUGACUGGCAAGUGCUUCUGCACCACCAAGGGGAUCAAAGGAGACCAGUGCCAGCUAUGUGACUCAGAAAACCGUUACCUUGGCAAUCCACUCAGAGGAACCUGUUACUACAACCUCCUGAUCGACUACCAAUUCACCUUCAGCCUCAUCCAGGAAGAUGAUAAUCACUACACUGCCAUCAACUUCAUGGCCUCACCUGAGCAGGCUAACAAGAACUUGGACAUGUCCAUUAAUGCAUCCAACAACUUUAACCUCAACAUCACCUGGUCGGUGGGAUCAACAGCUGGAACCAUUUCUGGAGAGGAGGUGCCCAUCGUGUCCAAAACGAACAUCAAGGAAUACAGAGACAGCUUCUCCUGCGAGAAGUUCACCUUCAGAAGCAACCCGAACAUCACCUUUUACGUCUACGUCAGUAACUUCUCAUGGCCCAUCAAGAUCCAGAUCGCCUUCUCCCAACACAACAGCAUCAUGGACCUUGUCCAGUUCUUUGUGACGUUUUUCAGUUGUUUUCUAUCACUACUCUUGGUGGCGGCAGUGGUGUGGAAGAUCAAACAGACCUGCUGGGCGUCAAGACGGAGAGAACAACUGAUGAGAGAGCGCCAGCAGAUGGCCAGUCGUCCGUUUGCCUCGGUUGCGGUUGCGCUGGACACCAGAGGAGAAGAAACAGAACUGCUGCAGCCUGUGGUUGACGGUGCUCCUAAACCUGUUGCGAUGGAGCCGUGUUCAGGAGGUAAAGCCGCCGUGUUGACGGUCCUCAUGCGUCUGCCCUCCGGCCUCUCAGACUUGCCUCCACCAGGACAGUCAGGAAUCGUCGUUGCCAGUGCGCUGAUAGAUAUUUCACAGCAGAAACCAUCAGAUUUUAAGGAAAAGUGCCAGGGUUUAAAGAACCGAAAAGCCCUUUUUCCGGCACACCAAGGCACCUGCGUCUGAGUCUCAACCCGUCAAUCCAUUUGGGUCCCUUUUUUUUUUUUUUUUUUUUUAAUAAAUACUAUCUGAGGCCAUAUUGUUCCAAUAGGCAGCAGGUCCCAGUUGGAGGCCUCUCCAGAGACUAAGACAUGGCUACAUGUAGAGGACUACAUUUGGCUGCUGCCACUCAAAGCGUUCACUGAAACUUGCCGAGUCCACAAGAGCACAACCCUGCGUACCUUUCCCCGCCCCCUUUGCUCUAAUCCACAUAAAUCAACUUCUGGUCACAUGAAUAAAUCAUCCGACCUCUGGAACAACUUUUCCUCCACACACUGGGCCCCCAAAUCUCUCCUCCCUUCAGCUCGGGUAUUCAUCAUGGCAAAACUUGUCUGCGCUCGGAGGGAAACCUGCCUGACACGUGCCAUCAGAGACAGAUUAACGAGGACGGUCUGCACCUAUCGAAGCUUCAGCAGUGAACAUUUUGUGACACGCCAUCGUCCAUCUGCGCGGCAUGAGGGCAAAGCAAAGGUGUCUGUGCAUUAGGUCAUGUCAAAGUUUAACUGAUUUCCCUCGCACCGUGUUGGAAAUACAAGAUGAUUUAAAAAAAUAAAAUAAAAUGGCUGGUAGAUAUCCAGCACAUGCUGCUUAUGGGUUUUUGUUUUUGCUUGCCAACAAGUGGUUUUCUAUGGUCCUUAAAGCAUCUAGUUGUUAUGCGAAGCCUUUGCUGAUGGACUGAAAUCAUUCUGCCUUGUAGUGGGUAAAGCUAUGCGCUAGGCCAGCACUCUUUUGUAACACCCCAUGUCUUUUGACAACGUGAGUAUUUUGCCAAUCCCCAUUUAAAUUAUCUGUUUUAGCAUUUACUGUACAUAUGUAUCAUCUUUCCCAGCUGAAGCUAAAGUCUGUAUUUUCUGUGGAAUACGUAUACAAAUGCUGCAGAGACUUACUGCGAUCGCAUUACCAGCGGCAUGUGGGUGAAGAAUGCAACGAACAAACUAUUAAGUCAUCAAACGGGAAGCAUGGGAAACUCCAAAGCGCAAGAAAACACAGAAGCGUUUUAUUAGCAACCUGGAAGUUUCAUUUGUAACGAAAAUCCAGACUAGUUUCUAAAACUAGUCGAGAAACAUCUCAGUUCUGGUU